AUGGCAGGCUAUGUCUUAGAGUUUAAACGAAACUACAAUCCCAGUCUCGAGCCUCACGAUCAAAAAUUUUCAAUCGGCUAUGUUCACUCGUCCGAUAUCGUUGAUUCCCCAGAUGCGGCUCCAUCUAUCGACUCCACUCCCCGAGGGAAUAUCGAACUAGCGGCGACACAAAUCCCGACCCCGGGGAUCAGCCAGAACUUCAUGGCACCUGUCAACGAUACCACCAACAAGCGGUGUCAAGAAUGGACUAUGGAAUAUGUUCGUCAUCUGGUUGCCAAAGGCCUGAUCGAAGAAAAAGUGAUUGAGAUCAUUCAAUCUAAACGGGAUUCACCUACUCAUGGAAUUGGACUGCGAUCUGUGACGAGACUUAGCACGUAG